AUGACGAACGACGAGAUAGCCAGUCUCAUUGAAUUUCCUGUCGCUGUGCGCUAUCCACAAGGACCUGGGAAACAGAACAAGCAGAGUGUGGAGUGGCAGUUGAAGAAGGGGGACUUGAAGCUAUUGAAGUUCAUCCUGUCUGCUGUUCGAAAUAUCUCGGAGCGUAUACAAGAGUCAGGAUGUUCAUGCUAUCUUUCAGGUCCAAAGGACGUAUCUUGGUUUAUCCUCGGUGCUCCUGUGAUACCAAUGACUGACAUUUGGUUCUACGUCGACCCCAGCAACGGAAUGACGCUAGACGACCUGUUCCAAAAACUCGGAGUCGUGAAACGAAACAACAACACGUUCAAUUACACCGAUGAUAACUCCCAGCGGACCUGCAAAAUCCUCAUCGAGCAGGCCCCAUCCCCUGAAAGCCUCGGUCUUAAUCCGACAUUGGCGUACGGCUCAACGAAAGAUAGAAUACCUAUCUACAACCCCGGGAUCACCCUCUUCUCCCACUUAACGCAGCCACGCUUGCGGAACGCGAUCUUGGCUGACUACGGGCUCCCGGAACGAACGUACGAGCAGAUCGUCCCUGUGCUGAAGGAUCUUUCAAAGGCAAAUGUGGAUCUUCGGAAGGCGUUUUUGGAUGGGGAGGAAAGGAAUCGGCUCGAUGAGUUGGUGAAGGGUGUUUGUGCUGUGCAUGAAGAUUUGAAGGGUGUUUUUGCUAAUCUGGGAUUUGUGACACCUGAGGAAGAGAAGCCAAUCGUUGAUACAGCGCCGGUACAGAUCCAGCAAGAAGAACAUAAUCCAAGGGAUGAUAUAGUAUUCGAGGCCGCGACCAUGACGAUGAAGAUGCUAUCCGAUGCUGGUUAUCAUUGCGCCGUCUCUGGCAUGGUGGCAUCCUAUCUUCAGGCUAAUGAUGCGGAAUUACCGUUGCCCGAUUCAACUGAAAUCACCGUAUUCUCUCACGACGACAUCAAAGUCAUCGAGCGUCUUUUAUCGAAGCAUUCCCUGUUCUACACCGGAAGGGUAAAAGUCCCAGGAUCAGAUACGAAAUCCCAGGUCCUCUUUUAUAGAAUUCGUGGACGCGGUCGAGGGGCGCGGAAAUGGAAGUUGAGCAAAGUCCAUUUCGUCAUGGCUCAGGAAUGGAUAUCGUACGAAAUAAAGGAGGGUCUUCCUUUGGUACCACGAUCCACACUGCUUGUCGAUAUGUUACAAUUGUGGUACGACCGUGUGCUCAACGAGUCUCAGGAGGUGGGCAAGUAUGCAGCGUAUGUCUGGGCUUUGCUGAAGGCAGUGAAAGAGGAGGAGAAUUUCAUAUGCAAGCGUAGUCCAUUCUCUGGAGCUCAGGGGGCGGAAGAGUACAUAGAAUCAUUACAGUUCGGCGGUAGGGGGAAAGGCCACCAUGUUCGGCAAGACUUUCGAUUUCUCAGCAAAACUCCAUGGCAGAGUGAUCCUUCACUCAGAAUCUAGUCGUUGGUAGAAGUGCUUGACACAAAAAUAAAUUCAAUUUGUUAUAAGAGUUCCGUACGAGAAUGAUAACUCGCCGACCGAUGUGCGUACUGCCUGCUUGGGGCAAGUCCAACUUUUAGUAACGUGGCCUGUCGCGGGCUCGGAGGACAGGUCUAGAAAAAAUUGAGCAAGAUGACAACGCAUUCACGCUCGAAGACUUUGAAGGAACUGGAAGUAGUCACAGGCCGCGGGCAAACCGUCAUGGUCGCUUGGGACAGUGGUGGCGCAGCGCCAAG